ACGCACAUUAGAUGCUGCUCAGUACGCGCUGAAGGCAGCUCGUUUUAGGUUCAAUUCAGAAAGCGGGCGAGGAUCAAGAGCAAGGAUCAACGAGAACCAUGGUGGUCGAGACAUGGAAGAAGAGUGGCAUUGCCACUAAAUUUCCAACAUAUCGCAAUUCUUCGCUGGUCACGGUGCACAGCUGGCAGAAGGGCAAGCAACAGGAUGACGAGGCCGAAGGACUUUGGCGCAUCAAGGACAGCAUUUACGAUUUCACAUCGUUCAUUGACAAGCAUCCAGGCGGGCCCUUCUGGAUACGGGAGACCAAGGGCACGGACAUUACGGAAGCUUUCGAGUCUCAUCACUUGACCACAGCGCCCGAGAAAAUGAUUGCCAAGUACAAGGUGAGGGACGCGGCCAAGCCACGCAUCUAUACUCUAACCCUGCACGAGGACGGCUUCUAUAAGACCCUCAAGGAAAAGGUACGCGAGCAGCUGAAGACGAUCGACAAGAGCCCGAAGCGAAGGAGCGAUUUGAUUCAUCUGGGCAUCUUGCUGUCCACCUAUCUGUUUGCUGUGGCUUGUGCCAAAUAUGACAGUCUCCUGGCACUGAUCCUCGCCGGCGUCGCUCUGUGCUGGACGGUGAUCGUGUCGCAUAAUUACUUCCAUCGUCGCGACAAUUGGCAGAUGUACACCUUCAAUUUGGGCAUGAUGAACUUCUGCUCGUGGCGCAUCUCGCAUGCGAUGUCGCAUCACAUCUAUCCAAAUUCCUACAUGGAUCUGGAGCUGAGCAUGUUUGAGCCGUUGCUGUGUUGGGUGCCCAAUCCGCACAUCAAGAGCAAGGCGCUGCGCUAUGUUUCCUGGGUAACAGAACCUUUGGCCUAUGCCAUUGCCUUCUUCCUGCAACUGGGCACGCGCAUCUUCUACUCGCUGCGUCACGCGAAUAUUAUGUACUGGCACGAUCUGUUGCCCCUCACCAUACCCCUGGUCAUGUACUACGGAUCGGGUGGAUCGGCGACUCUGUUGUUCUGCUUACGCCAGUGGCUGUCGAUGACGUCCAUAGCCAGCUUUGCCUUUUGCGUAAUCGGUCUAAAUGCGGCGCAUCAUGACCCGGAAAUCUAUCAUGAAGGUGAUACGAAUCGGGAGGAUCGCGACUGGGGCCUGUUCCAGGUGGACACCAUCAUCGAUCGCGGCGAUCUGAAGUGGUCACAGUUUCUGGUGCUCACACACUUCGGUGAUCAUGUCCUGCAUCAUCUCUUCCCCACACUCGAUCAUGGACUGCUGCCCGCCCUCUAUCCCGUACUCUAUGAUACGCUCGAUCAGUUCAAGGGUGAACUGCGCGAAUGCAAUCACAUCGAGCACAUGAUCGGACAGCACAAGCAGCUGCUGCGCACCGAGCCCAAUCCCCGGGCACCUGGAGCAGGCAAAUAGAUCUUCUCUGUCUACACUACGUCCGAUCGAGCACAGGCCUCCUAGCAUAAGACAACGGAUAUUUUUAUCCUAUAAUA